GAGAAAGGAGGCACGUGUGCGACAGUCUCGUUUUUUAUUUAUGGCAGAUAACAGGCACAUUGAUUGCCUGUCUAAGCAGGGGGCACAAAGCAAUGCCUGAACUGGUCUUUGGAUCUGUCCUUAUGAAAGAGCUGGGCCCAGUGGCUCAGGCUGCCCGCGCGCUGGGAAUAAUUUCGUAAAGGGUCUUUGCCCGAGACCUGGUCAACUGCGUGUGUGUGUGUGUGUGUGUGUGUACGUGAGGGCGGGCGUGCGGGCGCGCGCGCGUGCACGCGCCUGCUCGUGCGUGAGCGCUUGCUUGCAAGCUUGCGCACGUGCGUGCUUGCGCGGGUGUGUUUGUGUGUGUGUGUUUCCGGGGGCAUGCGCGCGUCCUUGUGCGUGUCUGUGUGUGUGCGUAUGCGUGUCUGUGUGUGCGUGUGUGUGUUUGUGUGUUUGUGUGUGUUUGUGUGUGUGUGUGAGUGCGUGUGUUUGUGUGUGUGAGAGUCUGCGUGUGUUUCAACGCAGAUCUUCUAUAGGUCCAUUAUUCUAGAAUCGUUGCGACCUGAUUUGGACACAGUGCCUUCGUCUAGUCACUUGUUUGUGGCGAUAGCGCCGGCCCGUAGCGACGCUGGUAAGCGGCAGGGGGCCUGGGCGCAAGCCAACCUGGUGACCCACAACACCUGCGUUUCUGCCUGCAGCAAGGCGGCUGGGUGGCCUCAGGCUCUUGGAGUGCUCCAUGAUAUCACCGCUGAUCUCAUCAGCUACAACUCUGUCACGAGUGGCCUGGGCAAGGCGCUUCUCUGGCAAGAAGCGAUGCAGAUGCUGGGCUCCUUGCAGGCAAACAGCCUGGUGGCGGACGGCUUUAGCUACAGCGCCGUGAUCCACACAUGUGGGUUGGCAGGACUUUGGCUGCAGGCCUGUGCACUGGCAGCCGUUUGCCCCCGCGACGGGGUGGUGCGGAACUCAGCGCUGGAGGCCUGUGCCAAAGGCAGCCAAUGGCGCGCUGCCUCGCAGCUGUUCCUGGGCCAGCCGGAGCGGCCGUCCAGGGGCAGGUUCGUGGGCCUUUUCAAGGCCCUGUCUGGCGCGCGGCAGUGGGCCCGGGCCUUGUGCCUCCUACAGGAAGCCGGAGAGGAGUUUGGCGACACGAUUGCCUGGAACACUGUGACCCGCUGCGCCUUGGAAGCAGAUGCUUGGCCUGCCGCCCUCGCAGUGCUGGCGCACAUGGAGCUACAGUUGCUUCGCACGGACACCAGGAUGUAUGCCGAGACGCUGGGUACCUUGGGCAGAAACACGCAGUGGCAGCUUUGUUGGUCCCUCUGCCAAACCUGCCAGCCAGACAUGUACAUGUGCACAACAUCAGCCACCGCGGCCCUGCGGGCGGGCAGCUGGCAAGCGGUCUUCUGGCAGUUUCAGUUGGGCGGCUCGCAGUUCGAUGCGGUUGCUCGCAACUUGGCCAUCAGCGCCUGUGACACGGGGAGUCAAUGGUGGGGAUCUUUUGGCAUUCUGGACUCGUUUGAAGUGUACGAGCUGGAGAUAGACGUUGUCACUUUGACCUCUGUCAUGAGCGCUUGCGAGAAAUCAGCUCGUUGGCCCCACGCUGUUUGCCUCUUUCGCCAACUUGCCGACCUUGAUCUCGCUGCCACCGAUGUGACGUAUGGUGUGGCUGCCAGUGCCUUUGCCAAAGGCAAGUGCAUCAAAGCUGCAUCACGGACGCUUGGGACCAUGUGCAGGCAACGCAUGUCCGCAACAAUUGCCUACAACGGAGUGCUCAACGCCUGCUCAACAUUCACAGACUGGAAAACGGCCUUGGCCGUGUACAGACAGUCGCAAUCGAAGGGUGUGCACCCUGAUGAUGCAUCGCAUUUGUCUGUCCUGAGCACAUGUGGCACAGCCGGCCAGUGGCAAGCUUCAAGCCAUUUUUUGCAGAUUGAAGCGAAGGCUCGCGAAGCCAAUCGCGUGAUGCAGCUCAAUACGGUCAUCGAUGCUUGUGUGCCCUUCCGAUGGGCCCGGGCGUUGGCGCAGCUGCGGGGUCUGCCGCAGCAGCUUGUCCAAGGCAGUCAUGUGACCUACGCGGUGGUUCUUUCGGAGUUGCCUUGGCGCAUGGCCUUGUUUUUGCUGGAGCCAGGCGAAGUAGUGGAGGUGCAGCAUAGUGCGCUGAGGGCGGCACAGCGAGGAACAGCGUGGACCCAGCAAUUGGCUUUGCUUCGGCCAGGCGACAGUAUUGCCUUCAACCUGCUGCUCAAAGCGUUGCCGUGGCAGAAGGCCUUGCUCCGGCUUCAAGGAGACCGCCGCCUGGAUGUGUACAGCUACAGCGCGGUGAUCUCCACAUGCGCGGAAGCGGCACAGUGGCAGCACGCCCUGCAGCUCGUGGCCUUCAUGCAGCAAAAGGAGGCCCACUGCGCGCAGUGGCAAGAUUACUGGCCGAAGAGUGAGACGCACAAAGCAGACCCACCGCACUCUGUUUUUUUUACCCCGGGCUUCGUGGCUUGUCAGGAGUUGCGCCCCAGCCAACACAUUUACUCGCAAGUGCUCGCGCUGCUGCUUCGGCAUAGGCAAAAAGUGCUGCGGCAGUUUCCUCACAUCAGCUUCCGGCACGCCAGUGUCAUGGUGAACUUCGGCAAGACCCCAGCAGCGGCCCCUGCAUCGACUUCGCGGACCGCGCAAUCCCAAGUCACUGCGCCACCCAAGGACCUGCGACCACGCGCGUCCGCCGUGGCGAAUAUUGAUUCCAGCCACCGCAUCGGGACCGUGACGGAGGCAGGAAGCGCCGCACUCAUUCGCAGGUCGGUCUCCGAGUCUGGCGGCUACUAUUUAAGCGUCAUCUCUUCAGUGCCAAGGAGCUUCUGGAAGGCCCGGGGCGGGGAAGGAGGUCCCAGCUACAAGCUGCAGCUCACGCGCCGCAGCAAGAGGGUCAACAGUUCGGAGGACAAGUGCGAAGUCAUGCUGCCCGUGGCCUUCCCGGAUGAAGGCACCUUUGAAUGGCUGGACAGCUUCAUCGAGAAGAAUCCUCAGUACACAGAGCUCAGUGACAGGAAGCUCAUGGAGUGGGCGGUGGCAAGUGGCCUGAACCGACCCAAAGUGGGACCCAACGCCCGGAGGCCCAUUGCAGACGUGGCCAGCGAAGAGGAAGAAGGCUUGGAUGCCAAAUGCUAA